AGAACGCAGUCUAUCAAAUGAAACCAAUCACCAAAUUAAUGGAGUCUUUUAUCUUCUUCGUUGCUCUUUCAAUCUUAUUCUUACGUAGCUUUACCCUCUCCCUGGAUUCUAUCACUGAUAAAAAUGCACUUAUUUCCUUCAAAAACUCCAUCACUUCCGACCCUUAUGCUAUCUUGAGCACCAAUUGGUCCCAAAACAACACAUCAGUCUGUAAUUGGAUUGGUGUGUCGUUCGGCCUCAAACACCACCGUGUCACUUCUCUCAAUCUCUCCAGCUACGACCUUGCUGGAACUAUUUCUCCACAUCUCGGAAACCUUUCACUUCUCAGAUAUUUGGACAUCAACUCCAACAAUUUCAGUGGCUUCUUACCCUUUGAGCUCUCUAAACUGCGUCAUUUGAAGGUGAUGAAUGUGGGAGCGAAUUCAUUCACCGGAGAAAUACCAACAUGGUUGGGCAGUUUACCUCGUCUAGAGAAACUCUAUUUGUACAAGAAUACUUUCUUAGGUACAAUCCCUUCAUCUUUGUCUAACAAUUCCAUGAACCAGAUGUUACAAAUAUUAAACUUAAACUAUAACCAGUUGAGUGGGUCCAUACCAUUUGCUAUUUUCAAUGUGUCUUCCCUUACAGAAAUUAGAAUUAGAAAUAAUAUCCUAUCUAGUUGGCUACCGAGUGAUAUAUGCGAUAAUCUCCCAAAUAUUGAAGCACUUGAUAUUUCGGCCAACCAACUCUCUGGACAAAUUCCUCCCAACAUAUGGAAAUGCAGACAUCUUCAAGACCUGGUUUGAGUAUGCUUAGAAAGUUGUACCUGGGCGUGAACGAUUUCAGAGGAAAAAUCCCUGAAGAAAUAGGGAAUCUUUCACAGUUAGAGGUGUUAAGCAUCCCAGACUCCUCUCUUACCGGAAAUAUUCCAUCUUCAGUGUUCAACAUUUCUUCAUUGAAAUUCAUGGACCUCUCUAACAACAGUUUGUCUGGAAAUAUCCCAAGUGAUAUGUGCGACAGUCUUCCAAAUAUUGAAGUACUUAGUCUUUGGACCAAUCAACUUUCUGGAGAAAUUCCACCAGACAUAUGGAAAUGCACAUAUCUUCAGGACUUGGAAUUAUCUGUUAAUCAUUUCAAUGGAAAAAUCCCAAGUGAAAUUGGAAGUUCGAGUAUUCUUAGAAAGUUAUACCUGGGCUUUAACAAUUUCAGAGGAAUGAUCCCUGAAGAAAUAGGGAAUCUUUCACAGCUCGAGACAUUAAGUAUCACAGCCUCCUCUCUAACCGGAAAUAUUCCAUCUUCAGUGUUCAACAUUUCUUCAUUGAAAUUCAUCGACCUCUCUAACAACAGUUUGUCUGGAAACAUUCCACCAAAUAUAUGGAAAUGCACACAUCUUGAGAUCUUGGCAUUAUCCGACAACAAUCUCAGUGGUAACAUCCCGUUCGAAAUGGGGAACAUGAGCAUGCUUAAGGAGUUGUAUUUGGAUGGGAACAACUUUCAAGGCACUCUUCCUUCAAACAUGGGGAUUUCACUUCUCAAUCUUGAAUUACUUUAUUUGAGUACUAACAGACUCAAUGGUCCAAUUCCAAGCACCAUCAAAAAUGCUUCUAAACUUAUGGAGGUUGACAUGGGAUACAACUCCUUCAUUGGCUCCAUACCAGACCUUGGUAAUUUGAAACACCUUCAGAUGCUAAUGCUCGAGCAAAAUCAUUUGAGCGGAGAGGAAUCUUCAACUCAGGAGUUGACAUUUCUCUCUUCUUUGACUAAAUGUCGCAAUUUGAAGUACUUGGCGGUAUCAGACAAUUCACUGAAUGGUAUCCUACCUGCUUCUAUUGGGAACUUUUCCUCGUCUCUCCAAAGUAUUUGGCUACAAAACAGCCACAUCGUGGGUGCCAUUCCUUCUGAAAUUGGAAAUUUAAGUAGUGUGUUGUUUAUUGACCUGGGAGGUAAUCAUCUGCGUGGACCCAUUCCACCAUCAAUUGGGCAUUGUAAGAAACUCCAAAGAUUGUAUCUUGGCAGGAAUAAGUUGGGAGGGUCUAUCCCUAACGACGUUUGCCGAAUGAAUAAUUUGGGAGAGUUGAUCCUUGAUAGAAACAUGCUUGUGGGUCCAAUACCUGAAUGUUUGGGUGAAGUUAAAUCCUUGAGAGAGAUCAACUUAGGGUACAACCAGUUGAAUUCCACCAUCCCUCCCAACUUCUGGAAUCUUACCGACCUCGUGAAAUUGAGUUUGUCCUCAAAUCAUUUGAUUGGUCAAUUGUCAUCUCAACUUGGAAAUUUGAAGUCAAUCUCCUGUCUAGACUUAUCCUUUAAUCAAUUUUCAGGUAAUAUCCCCAGCUCAAUUGGUGGUUGCCAGUUAUUAGAAUGUCUCUACUUAUCGAAUAAUUUGUUGGACGGAUCUAUUCCCCAAUCCUUAGCAAAUGUUAGAAAUUUGAAAGCAUUGGAUUUAUCUUACAAUAACCUUUCUGGAUCUAUACCCAAGUCAUUAGAAGACCUUCGUUUUCUUGUGCAUUUCAACGCUUCCAACAACAAAUUGGUCGGGGAAAUUCCAGACAAGGGUUGUUUUGGUAACUUGAGUGAUCAAUCUUUUUCCAGCAACCUUGCCCUUUGUGGUCCAAUAAGAUUUAAAGUUCCACCAUGCACAAAAAAUCAUCAUAGAUCAAAAAGCUUGAUGAAAUUUAUAGUGCCUUCUGUGAUUUUAGCUGUGACUAUGGUAAUUGUCAUCCUUGUGUUUAUAAAUAAAUUUAAACCGAGGAAAUCAACACUACUUCCCACUGCUAUUUUACCGGUGACGGAAUAUAGAAGAGUUUCUUACAUAGAACUAGAGCGGGGAACCAGUGGUUUUAGUGAGAGCAACCUUCUUGGAAAAGGAAGUUUUGGUUCGGUAUUUGAAGCAACACUUUCUAAUGGGUUGAAAGUUGCAGUAAAAGUUUUUAACUUGCAACUACAAGGAGCAGAAAGGAGCUUCUAUACUGAAACUGAGAUACUUGGGAGCAUUCGACACAGAAACACAGUUCGAGUUAUUGGAUGUUGCAGUAGCCCAGAGUUUAAAGCUUUGGUGCUCACAUAUAUGCCGAAUGGGAGCUUGGAUAAAUGGUUAUAUUCCAGCAUGCAUUGUCUAGAUCUUAUCCAGAGACUGAAGAUAGCAAUAGAUGUUGCAGCAGCCUUGGAAUAUCUUCACCAUGGCCAUACAUGCCCAGUUGUCCAUCGUGAUGUAAAGCCAAGCAAUGUUUUGCUCGAUGAAGACAUGGUCGCUCAUCUUGGUGAUUUUGGUAUUGGCAAACUUUUUGACGAUGGAGAAGUUGUCGUUCAAACACAAACAUUGGCGACUAUCGGCUAUGCUGCACCAGAGUUGGGAAUGGAAGGGAAAGUGUCCACACAUGGAGAUGUGUAUAGUUUCGGGAUAAUGUUGCUCGAGAUGUUUACAGGGAAGAAGCCAACAGAUGAUAUGUUUGAUGGGGAAAUGAGGUUGAAAGAGUGGGUAAGUGAAUCAUUACAAGAAAACUCAGUUCCUAUUGCACCCGUUUUCCUAUCUAGCGAAGAUCGGGAUUUAUGUGCAAAGGAGCAAUGCGUGUUGUCAAUUUUUGAGUUGGCAAUGAAAUGUUUAGCCAAUACACCUCAUGAGAGAAUCAACAUGAUUGAAGCAGCGAACACUCUCCAAAGGAUCUAUGCAACAAGGGUAACAAAAAGGCGUCGUCCACGAUAUGCAUUUUCUGUUGGUAGUCGCAGUAAUGGGUUAUGAUGAUUGUGGCAGAGAAUUUUACUGUAUACUGACUAUGUUGACAGUUCAUGUGGCAUGUACUACCUCCGUCCCAAUUAAGUUGAUACAAAACUUUUGAGCACGGAGAUUAAUAAAUUAUAUUGAAACGUCGGAGAAAUAAA